AACAGUAUAGUAUCGCAGCGCCUCUCGUCAGCUGUGGAGUUAAAACACACACAUACAUUCUCACAACAAACGACAGCAACGAUAUAAUCGCGCAUUAACAAAUUACAUACGAGUCCGCCAUUAUCAAUUGCGCAUUGGCACUGCUCAUUAAAGAAGAAAGAAAAAUAAGUGGCUCUGGCCAAAAGUGACACCUAUCGAUGCGAUGUGAUCCUGCGUCUCGACGACAUCGCGACACACAUAUAUAAUAAUAAUCAAAGUUCUCUUCGUCGUCGUCUUCGCACACGCUGCUCUGCCUAUCCUAUCUGUGUACGAAAAACGUCGCAAGAACGUAUAUAUAGAUAUAGUAUUCAGAACUACUCCGUAGACCGUACAUGUAUGUAGGCUCUGCGUUGCGCAUUAUACAUAGGCGGGUUAUAGCUUACAGUCGUGCUCUGACUGAGUUAGGUUUAUACUAGUCAAGUGCGAGAUCGCGUCAGUGUGUGAGCGAGCCUCUACAGUAAUUACCCACCAACUUCAAUUUUUGUCCAUAUACAUAUACGCUCCUACAAUAUAAAAGUCGUCGUAAAUAGCGAUCCUUUUUACAUACAUAUAAAUACACUCUCAUUGCUACGUCUCUCUCUCUCUUUUUGUCGUGCGCUGACUCUCUUGCUGUGCGCGAAAUAAGUGAGGUGGUGUGUGCAAGUGUCUCUCUCUCUCUCUCUCCUCUCUCUUCGGCCGAGAAAGAAAAAAGUCGCCAAGAUUGUGGCAAACGGGAGAAAUCCGAGCAACACUAGCGGACAAGCUAGUGGAGCUUCGGCAACAUUGCGGACCACAUCGUCGACGACAGCAGCAGCGUCAACAACAGCAUCAUCCACCGCUGCUCAACGAGCCGCCGACGAGUCGAGAGCCACCACGAGCUCUACAUCCACCUUCAACGACAUGCACACCAUCUCGUCGGAGAUGGGCACGAGCGUGCCCGCCUUCCUCGGCAAGCUUUGGCGCCUGGUCGAGGAUCCGGAGACCGACGAUCUCAUAUGUUGGUCCCCAAAUGGAAGAAGUUUUUUCAUCAGAAAUCAAGCGCAGUUCGCCCGAGAGUUGCUUCCACAUUAUUAUAAACACAACAAUAUGGCUAGUUUCGUCCGUCAAUUGAAUAUGUAUGGCUUCCACAAGAAAGUGUCAGUUGAACUUGGAGGCUUGAAAUGUGAUAGAGAUGAGAUGGAAUUCGCUCAUCAAUACUUUUGUAAAGAUCACCCUUAUUUAUUGGAAAAUAUUAAACGAAAGAUUGCUUCUAAUAAAACUUCUGCAGACCCAUCUCAAGCACCAAUUCGACCAGAACUAAUGAAUAAAAUGUUAACAGAAGUGAGAAGUAUGAGAGGACGUCAAGAGCAUUUUGAUACUCGACUUGGUGCCAUGAAACGAGAAAAUGAAGCUCUUUGGAGAGAACUUGCUAUAAUGAGACAGAAACAUCACAAGCAACAACAAAUAGUGAAUAAGCUUCUCAACUUUCUCAUGUCUUUUGUACAUAAUAGAAAUACUGGUUUAGCUAUGAAAAGAAGGUACCCACUUAUGAUUGAUGAUGUCAAAAGACAAAAGGCACCCAAAACAAAAAUUGCCAAAGAGCAAAAUUCACCCUUAGGUCCUGCAAUUCAUGAAUUAGAUACCUCUGAUCCAGAUUUCGAUCCUGAGUACAUUGUAGCAGACAUUUUGGAUAAUGAUCAUCCUCCAACAAUAGAGAGUCCAGAACAUCAAAAUGAAGAAUCUAUGAGAGACUUUUAUGAUGAAGAAUCAAUUCAUUUACCUCAAGAAAUUGAAUUGUGCCCAGAAAUGAAUGAUGGAAGAAAGAGAUUUAAAGGCAACAAAAAGAGGAAAAGUAAAGUGCCAAUCAAAAUUUUGGUUCCAUCCUCAGAAGAUGGCGAAGAAACAAGGGAAGAAACAGUACUGUUAGAAGUACCAGACCAUCAUGUACAAAAAGUCAACAAUUCAGUUUCUCCAAUGCACAUAGGUGUAGAAAAAACAUCUAAAGUUAAACCAAUAGGUAAACCAGUACCAGCCCAAACAGUUCGUAGCUCAAAACUAGCUGCAAUGGCAGCUAACUUAAAUGCCAAGAACAAUCAGCAAAAACAUCAACAAAAGAAGCAAAAAAAACCUGUUAUUAAAGUAGAAGAUUAUUUGGCGGUCCCUGAUAUCUUGAAUGAAAACUAUAGUCCACUGUUUGAUGAUAAUGCCAGCACUGCUGCAUCAAGUGUCAGCAGCCUUAGCACCAACAAUGGCAGUCCAUCUGCUAACAGUCCAGAAAAUAAUUUUUCUAGUGGUUCUUUUGGUAAUCUUGAUUUUAUCGAGGCCGCCAUAACUCAACAGCAACAACAACAGCAGCAGCAGCAGCAGCAGCAGCAGCAGCAGCAGCAACAACAACAACAACAACAACAGCAGCAACAGCAACAGCAACAGCAACAGCAACAGCUUCAACAACAACUAGAGCAACUGCAGCAGCAACAGAAACAACAAUCGGAAGAGGACCAGAAAACCAUGACAUUAAGUUGUGUUAAUACAAGUGGGACAAAUGAAGCUACCUACAGGUUAGCAUCGGUGAAUGAAGUCGACACUCAUCUCGGAUCGGUGCAAAACGAACUGGAUAAUCUGCGCGAUAUGUUGAGAGGCGAAGGUUAUAGCAUCGACGCAAAUACUCUUCUAGGACUCUUCGGAAGUGAUGACCCUUUGUUAUUUGGUAUACCAGUUAAUCCUGAAUUAGAUCCUCAUGCAAACCAGGAUAAAGAUCAUAAUGGUAAGGAGUUUUAUUUGCCAUAUCAAUAUCCUAUCGCUAACAAUAAAGAAUUGACGCAUUACGAUUCCGAAUCAGAUUUAUUGAAUUUCGAUGACGAUAUGUUUCUGAAUGGUGGAGCAACAGACUCUUCUAUGCAACAAAUGGCGGCCGAUGCAACGAAUAGCAACAAUCUCGAAGUAGAUUCCAAGUCUAACAUCUACGAUUCUCUAAUAUCAGCUAAUCAAGAUCAGACGUGAAUUGAUUGAUUCGAUAAUUGUCAUUGAAGAGGAAGACAUUUUACUCUACCUAGAGAUGGAAUGAUUUCUAGGAAGAUUUUUAAUUUCUAACUUACAUAAUUUAAGAGUUAAAUUGUAAUAUGUAUAGAUUCUUUUUCUUAAGAAAACAUGUACCAUUAAUUAGGUAAAGGUAUUUUAUGAAAUGCAAGGAGUACACUUUAAAUAAUUGAGUUCGACGCUUUUACAAAAUUACAAACAAAAAUUUUAUAAUAAAAAUUGCAAGUUCGAUUUAAAAGAAUGAUAAUACCAUAAAAGUUAAAGUAAAAUAUGUUCACAGAAGCUUUACAUUUUUUAACUUUUUCUCGUAAAAAAUUAUGUAUAAACCUGUCCGCAGAUUUAUGAAUUUGGCUAUUGUUAGUGAUAGAUGCACAAAUAAAAUUUUAAAAAACA